AUAACUUUCCCAGACCAGACUAUCAAAUAUCUGUUUCCCAAUGGAAGGGAGGAAAGCAUUUUCGGAGAUGGUACUGUGCUUCGUAUGGAGCAAAAUGGGGAUAAAGUGAUGGAGUUCGCUAAUGGGCAGAGAGAGGUACACACCUCCCAGUACAAGAAACGUGAAUAUCCUGACGGUACUGUGAAAACUGUGUACCCCGACGGCCGUCAAGAAACACGGUACUCAACAGGACGUAUAAGGGUUAAAGAUAAAGAUGGAACAGUUAUAGUUGACCAGCGAACGUAAAGUUACUGGUGUUGGCCUUUUUCUGCCCCAACGUCUAUGUGUUGUGUUAGUAGUGUUAAAUAUAUAACAAAUCAAAUCCGACAGUUUUGAUGUGUGUCUGUCAUAUUUUACU